GUCCUCAUUAAUGUUGCACUAGGACCGCAUCCAUGACUGCAGUCUAUCCUACGGAUUCUUCCUUACCUUCGUCGUGGCCCUCAGCAUCGGAUACCCAUCUGCCUGCUCAUGGUCCUAUCCCCCUUUUCGAUGCCCACCUUCGCUUUUUGACGGAUUCAUAUCUUAGCUUUUUCCAUGAACGAAAACGUAUUGAGGAGUCUUACGUUGAUUCUCUCCUGAAGCUUCAUCGGAAAAUAAAAAGUAUUGACUCCUUCCUGGAUGACCGGACGGAUCUCAGUAACUCGAGGACCGCCUGGGCUGAAAUAAGGGAUAACGUUGAAAGGGAGGCCCAAGCUCGGCAGGCCUUUCUGUCCACCUUGACCGUCGAUGUUCUUAAUCCCUUGACCGCAGUCAAAGAAACGCAAGAACGGACAAGGAAGCGGAUCAAGGAAGAUCUCAAGAAUUCCGGAUCAGCCUAUAAUGAAUAUGUUGAAGUGACGUUGCCCAAAUUUAAGAUGAAAUAUAUCAAGAAAUUUGCGGAAGUCGAGGAGUCUAAGAAAGCGGCGUCGUCGCCGCCAACCUCACCCCAGGCCCUGCCUUCUGAUCCACAUCACUCCACUACACUGGCAAAACCCAAUCAUUUGGGAACAGCGCGUCCGACAGUCACUUCCCCUCAACCUCUGAGAGCCAUCGACCGUCGGCCAUCUGGUAGUGCACCUGGACGCAAUCGUUCGCCGUCUUCUGGCACUGCCUUUUCAGAUUUGGCGCAUCAAGGUAAACGACAGUUGAAUACCUUGAUUGGCUUUCUAGACAAGAGUGGCACCGUCAAGGACUCACUAGGCGGUAAAGAAAACCACGCGCUUCGUGUCGUUCGAACAAAGAAGGAGUUAGAAGACGCCGACAAGGAGUAUCGAAAGGGUGUCCAUUGGUUAGAGACACUUCGACUACGUCGUACAAAAACACUGGAAAGUGGAUAUAAAAGCCUGUCAAUGUUUGUCGAAGAGUCGUCAGCUGCAGUGAAGAAGGCUCUUGAAAAGUACACCGAUAAUAUGAUGGCCACAACUACCACUCAAACACAACUGUCUGCCCAUGCACGUUCAGCUGUAGACAGGAUCUCGCCGGAGAAGGAUGUUGCGCGGGUGAAGGCUUAUAUUCCGCGUUCGUUAGCCUCGGCAAUACCCGAACCCAUCUUAUAUCAGCAUGGCCUCGUUGGAGAAUGCAAGGAUUUGAUUUUUGGCUUCAGCUUGGUUGAUUAUGCGACUUCGAAAUUUUUGCCGGAUGGAGAUAUUCCCAAGAUAGUCAAGAUGUGUGUUGCAGAAAUUGAUUCUAGAGGGUCGGAAGCUGAAGGUAUCUAUCGAGUUUCUGGUCGGCAUGCUGUCGUCCAAUCGCUGCAGCGAGAUAUUGAAAAGGAUGAAUCGGCCUUCGAAUUCAAACCGCAUCACGAUAUCUACGCCGUUGCAUCCCUUCUCAAGCUAUAUCUACGUGAGCUUCCGGAGCCGGUGUUUCGAUUUUCCCUUCAAGAUCGCAUUCACCAUUCAGAAGAAUUAGCCGAACAUCAGUCCAAUAAUUUCGUGCUGCUUAGGUCGAAAAUGCGUCGUUUGCCUGCAGUACAUCAAGCAACUCUCAAAGCAAUUGUGGAACAUCUAGCCCGAAUUGUAGCAAUGAGCGAUAAGAACAAGAUGGAUGCCAAAAACGUGGCCAUAGUUUUUGGGAGCGUAAUUUUCGGCGAAGACGAGAUCCCCAGAGGCGCCGAUUUGUUGACCGUUCAAUCGUGGAAGGAUUCCCUGAUGGAGGAUUUGAUUACGAAUGCCGGCGUUCUGUUCGAUGAGCAGGGUGCACAUCAUUCCCCUCCUUUGCCUCCGACCCCACUAGGAGAGCCCACGCCUCAAUAUUCAUAUGGGUCCAAAACUACUAAAUUUGCACCGCCAUCGUCUCUCUCACCGACAGCAGAUUUCACGCCCGCACUACCUCCUCGUCCAACCAGUAGCAUCCAUCCAUCUCUCCGAGCAGGGCAGGCGUCGCCAACUAAGGAUCGGCUAGAUACUCCUCCCAUGCCUCAGCGGCCAGACAGCAUCACUUAUGCAGAAGAAACAAAUGUCGUCGUCCCAUCUUCACCGUCCAUCACCUCGACCGUCUACGAAACAGACGAAUCAACAGAGGAGCUUGGAUCCUCGCCCUCCUCCCCUGGACACCCCAAAUCCGUGAAAUCAGUACGCAGUGCAGGAAACCCACGAAACGACCCGGUAUUGAGUGAGGAUGCGCCAGCGACAUGAUGGUGUCGUUUUUAUUUUUUGUUCAGAUAUAUUCAAUUGGGCUGGGUCUUCUUUCGAUGUUCCUUGUGUGGACAGUAAUGCUUUGAUAACUGACCUGUUCAUUCAUAUAUAUAUGUAACAAAUUUGUAACCGUAUAAUUCUUAGUUCCCGUAUCACAAAGGUCCUGCUAUAGAAUGAGCGUCAGUUGCGUUGAGAAGCCAUGCUACACUGAGGGUUGACGUU